AUGGAAGAUACUGACUGGAGAUUGAUGAAGCGCAAAUAUGAUCCUAUUGAGGAGCAGCCUGAAGACAUCAACGUCUCGAGAUACCCUAUUCAAAAGCCAAUACCCAAGCUCAUCUGGGUUUCGUUCGCCGCAUCUAUCGUCCUCUGUGCCGCAGCCAUUACUUUCUUAGCAGUAGAAAUACGAUGGCACAUGAUAAGACAUCACACGCUGUCGCUUUAUCCACAAAUCGAACCGCGGAAGUACACAUGCGGUAAUUCGACGGAGGAAGCAAGACGCAGAGGGUGUACCUUUGACGUCUUGUCUAUGAACUGGCUUCCAGAACAGUGUGCUCGUGAUGAGACACAGGAGUUUGUCGAUUAUUCUGUCAACGAGACCUGGAUUUACUAUCGUGAUAGACAUGCAAAACAUGCAAUCGAGGAUACAAAUGAGCUGUCGGAGUUGGGGGAUAAAUUUUGGUGGUCCACGCAGAGGGAGCACCUAGUGCAUUGUGCUUUCAUGAUACUCAGACUCCACAAAGUUCUCGAGCGAGGCGGAAACAUCGAUCACCUAACGGGAAGCUUUAGUCAUACGAAACAUUGUGUGAUGAUGUUGCUGGAGGCUAGCAAGGCGGAUCCAGAGAAUGACAAAUUAAACACGCCGGGAAAUGUUGCUCUUGGGUCAUGCUAA